AAAAAUCUCGACUCUUCGCGAGUGACGUCACGCUGGCUACGCAGCCAAGAUGGCGACCGUGUAACGUUGAGGUGAUGUUUGCUGUGUCAACAAAAUGAGGAUUCUCCGUUGUUGUUUUGGGGUUCGGCGAAAAUGUGUCAUUUUUCCAAUCCUGCUGAUCCUAUUGCUUGGAGGAGUCUUGACAGCUCUGCUGCCUCCUGCUGAGGACCAUGGAGGUGUUGGUGUCUUGGGAGUGCUACGCAGGGCAACGCCACAAAAGGGUAGUCCUGUACUGGACCACCAGGCUGAGAGCUCAGAAGAGAAGUUUACCAUCAUCAUCCAAACUUACAACCGCACAGACAUUUUGCUUAAACUCCUAAACCAUUACCAGGCAGUGCCUCAUCUUCAGAGGAUUAUCAUAGUCUGGAACAACAUUGGAGAGCAGACACCAGUGAAGUUAUGGGACUAUUUGGGUCCUCAUCCAGUCCAGGUUGUCUUUAAAGAACAGACUAGUAAUCGAAUGCGCAAUAGAUUGCACCCAUUCCCUGAGACUGAUACUGAUGCUGUGUUGAUGCUGGAUGAUGAUAUACUCAUUAGUGUUCCUGACAUCAGCUUUGCUUUCUCUGUUUGGAAGCAAUUUCCAGACCAAAUUGUUGGAUUUGUCCCACGGAAACACGUCUCAACGCCAGGGGGAGUGUACAGCUAUGGCAGCUUUGAGCUGCAGGACCCAGAAAUGGCUGGAGGGGACAAGUACUCCAUGGUUUUAAUUGGUGCUGCCUUCUUCCACCGCCGCUACCUGCAAGUACUCCAGGACCAGCCUCAAGCUGUACAUGCUUUAGUGGAUGAAACGCAGAAUUGUGAUGAUAUCGCUCUGAACUUUGCUGUUGCACUGUAUUUAAAGAGACACUCAAAGACAAACACAGCCAGCAGACCCUCUGGAGUCUUUGUCAAACCUGUGGACCUUCGCAACCUGGAAAAGGAUGCCAGUAGUGGCUACCAGGGAAUGUGGCACCGUCCUGAACACCUUCUGCAGAGGUCCUACUGUCUGAACAAGCUGACACAGAUUUAUGGCUUUAUGCCACUCAGCUACUCCAACCUUAUGGUCUCCCAGUUUGGUUUUCCCAGCUAUGCCAAUCACAAAAGUAGGGGGUAAAGAAGUGGUAAGUUGUUGACAGUACUGGACUGAAGA